AAUAAAUACUUUGGUAAAUUAUGAGAAACUAGAACUAAAUUGUGACUUUAUCUAAUGUGUUCCACCCCAGUAUUUUACUUUGUUUUCUCCUAGUUCACACUUCACUGCUGUGAAGGAAACCUGCAGACAUAACUUCUUGCCCUGUAACAACUAUCUAUUUGUGUUUUAUCUCACGGUUUAGCCAAUUCAUAUCCUCUGAGAGGACUCCCAAAGUGACUCAUGUAUACUUUGCUUUCCAGUACAACCGAAAGAAGGCCAAGUAGUGAUGCAAUCUUGUUUCAGGUUUUCAAUCUUCUCAAAAGAUUACAAACUCCUGGGGGCCAGGAAUCACAUCUUGUACUCAAAACAAUACUAACAGCACCAGGAACUUUAAAGAGUAUAAAACAGUUCUUAUGGAAGAUAGAAUAUAUUUGUGAUCACUUAAACACAAUGAGUAAAACAACAUUUGUUUCUCAAGGACAUUGAUAUUAAUGGAAUUAGAUAGCUUUCGUGAAACUGAAAAUCUCUAUAGAGACGCGUGGUGGCGCUGCAGGAUAACAUCGGCGGUGUAAAAACACUGAACUGGAUGAUGUUCUGGACUCGGUUACCCACCCCGUGUGCUCAGAGCGAUGGGAAGACAGAAAGAACACGCCUUCAAGGUGCGAACUACAAGCUACUCAACAGGGUUAAAAUCCUUAGGCCUCCUAAGAUUCGGUGGACAUUAGCAGAGACACGUUUCCCAAAACUGCGAAGAGAAGCUGAAGCGAUUCUGCAGGAAGCUUUCCUUAAAGGAGCUAUGGAGAACGGAAGGGCAGACACUCUGCAGAUAAGGCAAGUCCUGCUUCUUUGUGUUUUGCUAGGAAUGUCUCAGGCGGGUUCCGAAUCUGGCUGCUUUUCGGUGGUAGAGGAAAUGCAGAGCGGGAGCUUUGUAGGCAAUUUGGCAAAGGACCUGGGACUAGAAGUGGGUGAGCUGUUCUCAAGGGGGGCUCAGGUGGUCUCUAAUGAUAACAAAAGGCGUUUGCAGCUGGACAUAAACACCGGAGAUUUGCUCUUAAGCGAGUCACUAGACCGGGAGGAGCUCUGUGGCUCCACGGAGCCCUGUGUGUUGCAUUUCCAGGUAUUCAUGAAAAACCCUUUGCAGUUUUUACGAAUUGAGCUCCAGGUCAGGGAUAUAAAUGACCACUCUCCCGCCUUCUUAGAAAAAGAAAUGCUCCUAGAAAUCCCAGAGAAUAGUCCUGUUGGUGCUGUGUUCUUACUAGAAAGCGCGAAGGAUUUAGAUGUAGGAAUCAACGCUCUAAAGAACUACACAAUAAGCCCCAACUCUUAUUUCCACAUUAAAAUGAGAGUCAAUCCAGACAAUAGGAAAUAUCCAGAGUUGGUUCUGGACAAGGCACUGGAUUAUGAAGAGCAAUCCGAGCUCAGUUUCAUCCUCACUGCUAUGGAUGGCGGGUCUCCGCCCAGGUCCGGGACUGCCACGGUUCGGGUCGUGGUUGUGGACAUUAAUGACAACUCCCCUGAGUUUGAGCAGCCAUUUUAUGAGGUGAAGAUUCCAGAGAAUAGCCUAUUAGGCUCACUCAUUGUCACCGUCUCAGCUUCGGAUUUAGACUCCGGAAAAAAUGGAGAAAUAUUAUAUUCUUUUUCCCAUGCCUCAGAAGAUAUUCGCAAGACAUUUGAAAUUAAUCAAAAGUCCGGAGAAGUCAUUUUAACCGCAUCCAUGGACUUUGAAACAGCUGAAUCAUACUCAAUAAUCAUUCAAGCCACAGAUAGGGGCGGCCUCUUUGGAAAAUCAACAGUCAGAAUUCAGGUGAUGGAUGUGAAUGACAAUGCUCCUGAAAUCUCUGUGUCAUCAAUUACCAGUCCAGUCCCAGAAAAUUUGCUGGAGGCUGUGGUUAUGGUUUUUAGCAUCCGAGACAGAGACUCUGGGGACAAUGGGAAGAUGAUUUGUUCUAUCCCAGAAGACCUCCCUUUCAUACUAAAAUCUUCCGUUGAGAAUUACUACACACUGGAAACAGAGGGGAUGUUGGACAGAGAGACCCAGGCCGAGUACAACAUCGCCAUCACCGUCACCGACCUGGGGACCCCCAGGCUGAAAACC